AUGCAAACCUUCGAUGAAUAUGUAUAUAUUCGCAACGGGAUCGAUUUCCGCAAGCCACGGCCAUUUCCAAAGCUCUCCACUAAACCAAAACUCGCUGCGAAGAGUUGUUUGCCGCUCUUUAUCGAUUAUUACAUCAACAAGGUUGAAGUGAAAGGUAAUGACGUCAUUUUCCGUCACAGCACAGUCCGAACUUUCAGAGCAAUUGUGAGUUUUGACAUUUUUUAUUGUUAUUGUCGCUUUAGGUGGAAUUGAUUAAUGGUAGUGUUGUAUGGAUUUCAGCGCGCUUUCCCAAGAGCACGUCCUUUCAUCUUUAGCCGGGUCACUAAAUGCGACGCCAGGUUGAGCGGCCAGGAGACUUUUGAGAUUUUUAUGACCAUGGAGAGGUUCAAUGGAGAAAAAGUUAACAUAAGGUCGGUUUUGCCGGGAAUUUUCAACUGUUUUAAUCUCUGUAGAAGCUAUUUUUUACUUUGUUUAUUGUUUAGCCUGAAUCCGAAGCCUUUGGACCUCUUGAGCUUUCUCGAAGCCCCAAUGGAUCUGGAAAUCCCCUCGUACUUCAGCCACGUCUCCAAGAACAAGAGAUUCAGAUGUAAGCUUUAUUUUCCGUGAAAUCACUCGAAAUUUAGAUCUGGACGAUCAUGAUGUGCAAGUCAGCUUUGCGCUCCAUCUCGUGCUUCAACGCGCAAAGAAAAUUCAGUCGAUUUCUUGUGGAAUGAAGACUUUUCAACUCAAUCACAAGGUUAUUUGCGAGUCUCGAAACAAAAAGUUGACCAUUUAUGUGGAAGAAAUGAAGAAUUAUCCUGGUUUGGGUCAGUUGGGGUAGGUUUUUAUUUCCCUUUUAUAUUUUCCGAGUUUAGAAUCUACCGUCGCGUUGAAGAGCUGAAUUUGUUCGUUGACUUGGAUGACGUCAUUCAUUACGAGAAUUUGUUCAAGAGGAUCUUCCAGUCUCAAAAAUCGCUGAAACGCGUCAAGUUUGAGAUGGAUGUGCUGGGAGCACCUUCGGAGGUUUCCAAAAAAAUUGCUGCCUUGAUUAACUUCUGCCGAGUCAUUCCAUAUCUGACGUUUGAGUGCGUAACCGAAAGAAAGAUUGAUCACAAAUGUUUCCCCGGGUUUUCUAUGGCCCCUGCUGGUAAGAGUGAGUUUAUUUUCACGUUAAACUUUCCUUUACUACUGGGAAUUUGUUGUUUAUCAAUAUUUGUCUUCAGAAUCUGGAGCUGUCACUUAUACUAAAGGAAAUACGACCAUUAUUACCUCAAAAGUCAAAAAGUUUGGUAUUCCAUCUCAACCCGCUCCAUAUCCGGUUCCAUUCUACUAA